AUGCCUCGGACCUUUGGAGGUGACGGAGUCCCACCUCUAACUGACAAAUCAGGGACUCCUAAGAUACGACUUGGCAAACAAAUGGUAAUGAGAUGGGGGGCUAUUAAUAUCAAUGGGGGCUACUCAGGGAAGAAGGUAGAGCUGGCAGAGGCUGCAAGUAAGAUGGGGCUGGACGUUUUAGCUGUUAGUGACAUUCGGGUAAGGGGUGAGAAAGAAGAGGAAGUGGGAGAAUACAAGGUCUACCUGUCAGGAGUCAAAGCAGGAAUAGCACAAUGGGGUGUAGGGCUUUACAUCAGGAAAGAAAUGGAACCCAGCGUAGUCGCAAUAAGGUAUGUAAACGAACGACUGAUGUGGAUAGAUGUGACAGUGUCUAGCAAGAAAAUUAGGAUUGUGUCAGUAUAUUCGCAUUGUGAAGGGACAGAUCAAGAUAAGAUGGAUAGUUUUUAUGAGGCACUCAGUGAUGUAGUUGUUAGAGUAAAGGACAAGGACAGUGUUCUGCUCAUGGGUGAUUUUAACGCCAGGAUUGGAAAUCGAACAGAAGGAUAUGAAAAGGUUAUGGGUAAAUUUGGAGAGGAUAUGGAGGCCAACAGGAACGGGAAACAACUCUUGGAUUUCUGUGCCAGUAUGGGCUUAGUAAUCACAAACUCCUUUUUUAAACAUAAGAACAUUCACCGGUAUACUUGGGAAGGCAGGGGAACCAGAUCUGUCAUUGACUAUAUAAUAACAGAUCAGGAAUUCAGGAAGGCUGUGAGGGACAAACGUGUAUUCAGGUGA